AUGGCGACCCGGAACCUCCCUUCCCAAGAAUAUGAAAGUGAUGGUGAGUCUUACGAAGCAUUGGACUUAACUGAGUAUGCCAGAAGACACCACUGGUGGAAUCGGGUGUUUGCCCGCAGCUCUGGACCUAUGGUAGGAAAAUACUCAGUAGCCACCGAGAUUGUAAUGGGUGGAGUGAGUGGCUGGUGUGCGGGAUUUUUGUUCCAGAAAGUUCGAAAACUUGCAGCAACUGCAGUAGGUGGUGGCUUUCUUCUCCUUCAGAUUGCCGGUCACGGUGGCUGUGUGCAGAUCGACUGGAGGAGAGUUGAAAAAGAUGUAAACAAAGCAGAAGGACGAUGA